CGCGUUCAUUCGGAUUGACCACGCAGGGAAUUCGUUUCCAGGCUAGGUCAAGGGGGGGCAAGGGGGGCGAGGGGGAAUGCCGAGGCCGUCGUACAGUAUGAUGGGAAUUAUGCAGGUUUUUUUUAUCUAUUACGCACACAUGUGCCUCCAUGUAACCGGGCAUGCAUACGUCCCUGUAUAUAUAUCAAGCCAGGGACGACGUGGAGCUGGGAAGGAUCUGUUGGGAUCCACGGCAGGACAAGUAGCACCCGCAAGGCCUUGACCAUAGUCUCGUCUCUUCUUGUUCCGAGUCGAAAACUCUACCAAUAUUCGAGAGAGACAGACAAGCUCGCCGAGACAAUGUCGAAGGAGUCGGAGCUCUUCAAGAGCGGGAAGGCUUCCGACUUGGAGCCCGAAAUCAAGGAAGCUAGUGAUAGCCUGGGAGCGGACACGAAAGGCGCGUCGCCAACGAGCCCGGCAGGUACUUCGAAAGAAGCACUAGGAGACGCGAGAGACGAGGGCGAAGGUGAGGUCGAAGACUAUGGAUCGACGGAGAACCACAUAUUCUCGGACCCCGUGGUUGCGGAGCACUGGCGCGGCGUCUACGAGAGGGCGAGAUACGAGAAUCGGCACCGCUUCGACCCGGACUUUCGGUGGACGGCGGACGAGGAGCGCCGGCUCGUGCGCAAGGUCGACAAGCGCAUCAUGGUCUGGGCCUGGAUCAUGUUCUGCGCGCUCGACUUGCACCGUCGCAACAUCAACCGGGCCAUCUCGGACAACAUGCUGGCCGAGAUCGGCAUGAACACCAACGACUUCAACUACGGCCAGACCAUCUUCCUCGCCUGCUUCCUCGCCGCCGAGCUGCCCAGCGGGCUCGUCAGCAAGAAGCUCGGCGCCGACGUCUGGAUCCCCACCAUCAUGGUCUCGUGGUCCAUCGUCGCCGGCUCCCAGGCCUUCCUCAGCAACCGCGCCGGCUUCUACGCCAUCAAGGCGCUACUCGGCCUACUCAUGGGCGGCUUCAUCCCCGACAUCGUGCUCUGGCUCACCUACUUCUACAAGAGCCGCGAGCUGCCCCUCCGCCUCGCCUGGUUCUGGACGGCGCUCAGCACGGUCAACAUAGUCGGUUCGCUGCUCGCCGCGGGGAUCCUCCGCAUGCGCGGCAUCAACGGCUGGGGCGGCUGGCGCUGGCUAUUCCUCAUCGAGGGCAUCAUAACCAUAUUCGUCGGCAUCUUCUCGUGGGGGCUCAUGCCGCCGGGGCCGACGCAGACGCGGCACUGGUUCCGCGGCCGCGACGGCUGGUUCAGCGAGCGCGAGGAGCUCAUCCUCGUCAACCGGCUGCUGCGUGACGACCCGAGCAAGGGCGACAUGAACAACCGGCAGGCGGUAGGGCCGACGCUGCUCUUCAAAGCGGUGCGCGACUGGGAGAUGUGGCCGCUGUACCUCAUCGGCCUCACGACGUACAUCCCCCCGGCGCCGCCCGGCAGCUACCUGUCGUACAUCCUGCGCCAGCUCGGCUUCUCGGUCUUCGAAGCGAACCUGCUCGCCAUCCCGUCCCAGUUCCUCUUCGCCGUCAACCUCCUCAUCGUCACCUGGGUCUCGCGCCGCGUCGGCGAGCGCGCCAUCGUCUCCUCGAGCUCCAACAUCUGGAUCUUCCCUUGGGUGCUGGCCCUCGUGCUGCUUCCCGCCACCGCCUCGCCGUGGGUCCGAUACGGGGUGUUGACGGGCCUGCUAUCGUAUCCGUACUGCCACGCGAUCCUGGUGGGGUGGAACGCACACAACAGCAACGCGGUGCGGACGCGGGCGGUGUCGGCAGCGCUAUAUAACAUGUUCGUGCAGAGCGGCAACAUCAUUGCGAGCAACAUCUACCGCGAAGACGACCAGCCGCUGUACCGGCGCGGCAACCGCGUGCUGCUCGGCAUCACCGUAUUCAACAUCGCACUCUUCUACUUGGUCAAGGGCUUCUACAUUUGGCGCAACCGCAUCCGCGAGCGUAAAUGGAACGCCAUGACCCCCGAGGAGCAGGAGAACUACAUCGUCACAACUAAGGACGAGGGCAUGCAGAGGCUUGACUUCCGCUUCGUGCAUUGAUACGGUGUAAUGAUAGGUACUUUGAUCCCCGAAGGUCUGUUUGGGGGGUGGCUUAGUAUUUGUAGGUGGUGUAAAGUGGACUCGAACAUUUGUGACCCACCAUUAUAUAUAUCUAUCACCAAGAUCAUCCGACAGCUCUUCAAACCUCGCCGCGACUUGAAUCGCCGAA